UGAAGCUCGGCGCGAGUCUCCCCGGCUCUCCCAACCUCGCAGCAGAUGUGAAAGAAAACUAGUGAAAUUUAGGAAUAUACUGAGUGGAAUAAACUUUUUUCGGGACUUUGGAUCUACAAACGUCCAACAAUGAAUUUAGAGCUGCUUGAAUCAUUCGGGCAGAACUAUCCAGAGGAGGCAGAUGGCACUCUGGACUGUAUCAGCAUGGCUCUCACCUGCACCUUCAACCGUUGGGGCACCUUGCUGGCCGUGGGGUGCAACGAUGGUCGUAUUGUAAUCUGGGACUUUCUUACAAGGGGGAUUGCCAAAAUCAUCAGUGCACACAUCCACCCGGUCUGUUCAUUAUGUUGGAGUCGAGAUGGACACAAGCUGGUGAGCGCCUCCACGGACAACAUCGUUUCACAGUGGGAUGUCCUGACUGGUGACUGUGACCAGAGGUUCCGCUUUCCGUCCCCCAUCCUGAAACUUCAGUACCAUCCCAGAGACAUGGACAAGGUGCUGGUGUGUCCAAUGAAGUCAGCCCCAGUCCUGCUGACACUUUCAGACUCCAAACACGUCGUACUGCCUGUGGACGAUGACUCAGACCUGAAUGUGGUGGCGGCUUUUGACAGGCGAGGAGAGUACAUUUACACUGGGAACGCCAAAGGAAAGAUCCUGGUGUUGAACACAAACACACAGGAGCUGGUGGCAUCCUUCAGAGUUACAACUGGCACCAGCAACACCACCGCCAUUAAGUCCAUUGAGUUUGCACGCAAAGGCAGUUGCUUCCUCAUAAACACAGCUGACCGGAUAAUCAGAGUGUAUGACGGCAGAGAGAUCCUGACUUGUGGCCGGGAUGGUGAGCCAGAACCAAUGCAGAAACUACAGGACUUGGUUAACAGGACUCCGUGGAAGCGUUGCUGCUUCUCGGGUGAUGGCGAGUACAUCGUGGCCGGCUCAGCCCGGCAGCACGCCCUCUACAUCUGGGAGAAGAGCAUCGGCAACCUGGUGAAGAUCCUUCAUGGAACCAGAGGAGAGCUGCUGCUGGAUGUCGCUUGGCAUCCUGUCCGACCGAUCAUCGCCUCCAUCUCCAGUGGAGUGGUGUCCAUCUGGGCUCAGAAUCAAGUGGAAAACUGGAGUGCCUUUGCUCCAGACUUCAAAGAACUGGAUGAGAACGUAGAAUAUGAGGAGCGAGAGUCCGAAUUUGACAUUGAGGAUGAAGACAAGAGUGAACCUGAGCAGACAGGUGCAGACGCUGCAGAGGAUGAAGAGGUGGAUGUUACUUCUGUUGAUCCUAUAGUGGCUUUUUGCAGCAGUGAUGAAGAGAUGGAGGACUACAAGGCCCUGCUGUAUCUCCCCAUUGCCCCUGAGGUUGAGGAUCCAGAGGAAAACCCCUUUGGUCCUCCACCAGACACCUCAGCCCAGGCUGGAGGUCCAGAGGAUGGUUUGGUUGGUGGUGACAAGAAGCAGCGGCAGCCUUCAUCUGAAGGAGGCCCAGGCAAAAAGAAGGCUCGCACCACCACCAUUGAACUGCAGGGGGUGCCAAGUGAUGAGCUUCACCCCCUACUGGGUGUGAAGGGGGAUGGAAAGUCAAAGAAGAAGACAGCAGGCCGGCCCAAAGGCUCCAAAGGUAAAGACAAAGACUUCCCCUUCAGGCCCAAGCCCUACAGGGGUGAACGGCCCUCCUUCCCCAUGGUGCCCGAGGCCCUGGGCAGCUCUGCCUUAGGAGGAGGUGGAGGAGGUGGAGGAGGAGGGAUGAAGGGCAGGGCAGAGGGGGGCCUGGUCACAGGGAGUCUGGUGUCACAGUCCUAUAAACAGCACGACAUCGGAGGAAUGGACUGAUCAGUGCUGUGUUCAUUUGUGGAAGAGCACCAAUAAACUCAAAGAGACACAAAUCCUAAUGUACAUAUUAUGAGUGGGCAGCUGGUUGGGUGUUUAGACUCUUUCCCAAACCACAGACCAGCCUCCCAGGGAACCUCUCCAGCUCGGAUCACCAACAGAGACUGAAAAGAAGGCGAGUCGUCACUGUAUCGCUCUCACAUCCUCUGCCUCUGUAGGACUCCUGUAUAGAUUGACUGCAUCCUGUUGAUAUGUGAGUGUGUGUGUGAGUGUGUGCCCUGUUGUUUUGAAACAUAUUAAAACUUUGUGAUUUUUAAAUAAUGAGUGUUU